AUGGCUGAACCAGAGGAACUCGAGGAUGAUCUCUUCGCGGAUCUUUACGAUGCUGACGACUCAACAAAUCGCGCAACUUCUGCCGUCGAGGCUCCGAAGCCCGCAGCGCCUGCCCCAGCAGCAGUCCCUGCGCAACCUGCUUACGAGUCCGCCGUCCCGAGUUAUGACCCUUCGCCUGCGGAUUCAUACGCUACACACGCUCCCUUCCAGCAGGACUAUAGCUCAGGUGCUUAUAAUGGCACGGAGCAUGCCCACGCUCAGCCCCCGGCGGCGGCACCCCCCGCGGACCAUGAAGAGCCCAGGUCAGGAACGGGUAUCAAGGAAGACGGGUAA